AACGAGCAUAUUGUAAGUGUUGUGCUACCAGUGAUUUCAAUGUAACCUUGGAUUAAACUUGGAUUAUUAGCUAAUUAUAAAUGAUGGAAAACUAUUACAAAGGACAUAACGAAAGUCGUUUUGAACAUUUGUUUGAGCAAAAGGAUAACUCAGACUUUAAUACGUUGGUUCUGGAUCUAUCAUGCAAGAAGCGCGUGACGUCUACAUUGUCCGAAGUCGGAAUAAUUCAACCCAAUGGCUUAUCGCAAACUUUGCCUUCAGCAAAGAAACAAAAGUAUCAAGAAAUACAGAUACCUUUUCUAGAUGAAAAUACACAGACUCCCAUCGCGGACGAAAUAAUUCAAUCCAUUGGCUUAUCGCAAACUUUGCCUUCAGCAACGAAGCAAAAAUAUCAAGAAAUACAGAUACCUUUUCUAAAUGAAAAUACACAGACUCCCAUCGCGGGCAGUAGUGCCAUGCUAUCACCAUAUUCUGAGUCAAACUCACCGAAAGAGGUGAAGGAUUCUGUGGACUACCAUGAAAAUAGUAACCAAUUGAAACAUACUGUGCCAUUAACAAGUACGCAUAAUGUUACUCCAGAAGUAACAAUGGUAGCGCCUCAGCAGCCGUCGCUACUUGCAUUCCCGAACGAAACCAUGAAUAUUCCCGUAGUACCAAAAAUGUAUUUACCGUAUAUAGAAACACCGCAAUCUUUUAUAACAAAUAAUGAAAUCAGAAGAAUCGUUUCGAUGCCAGCAGAAUGCUCGACGUCGGAUACGAAACCAUCAACGUCUUCGGAUGCUACGAAGAAAACACCAAGACCUUUCAAGGCCUACCCGAACAAUUUUUUGACUAUUUUUAAUACUGUUGAUCACAAUUCGAAUGAGAACUAUGCAAAGUUCCGUCAGAUGAUACUUGAAAACAUUAAAAAAAUAAACAAAAAUACAUCGAAUCCUAAAAUGCGUCGACUAUCCAAGUCUGCUAGCAGUCCUGGAUUGCCUACUAGUACCGUCGAUGAGAAAGGUGCUAUUUAUUGGGAAAGAAGAAAAAAAAAUAACGAAGCAGCGAAGCGUUCCAGAGAUGCUCGAAGGGCUAAGGAAGACGAGCUCGCAAUCCGAACUAGUUUCCUCGAAUACGAGAAUGCGCAACUGAGGAUGGAAGUACAGAGACUCAGGAUGGAGACACAAAGACUCAGGAUGGAGGCACAAAGACAUAUUUAUAUACAAUAA